GAGGCUUAUUUUCUUUUCCUAGGUCUCUGAAAUGCCACCAAGGCUCGGUUUCCAGGGCAUGGAUUACUAAAGAUACUCGAGGGCAUGUGUGGCUGGAGGGGCCAGCCCCCUUUCCCAGCUGCGGGGUAGCACACUUGUCUUCAUGUUACCUAACACACCCUCACAGCAAAUACCUUCCUUUUCCAAAGAAUGAGCACGUGUCGAUGGUGUACACCUAGUGGUCCCGACGCCACUGAGUUCCUGAAGAGCUAUGCUUCUAAACGGUUGUCCCCGGAAGAUCUUGAAGGAUCCAAUGAAGAUCUCUGUUACUGCCUGGAGUGUGUGCUUGAAUACCACAAAGCCAAGGAAAAACUGCCAGGGUUACAUGAGGUCUUGUGGGAGUUGGAAACCUCCCGUCUUGUUGCCCACAUUGAGAAAUCCAUGCAAGAAGAAGCUGGAGAAGAUGAUGAGUUGUUUGUAGUCGAUGAGAAUGGACAGACACAGCUGUCUGGCUAUGUGGGCCCGGACUUUGAGAAUAACCUGCGAGUGCCCCUUCUAGAAGUACUGAAAUAUCCGUAUCUGCUGCUGCAUGAGAGAGUCAGUGAGGUGUGUGUAGAAGUGCUCUGUAGAAUGGAAAGAAGUCACAGUUCCUUUCAGGUCUUUGAGAAAUAUCCAGGAAUUUAUCUCUUUUUGGUACACCCAAAUGAAGUGAUUCGUCGAUGGGCCAUUCUAACAGCAAGGAAUUUAGGCAAGGUUGACAGAGAUGAUUACUAUGACUUACAGGAAGUGCUGACUUGCUUGUUCAAAGUUAUUGAGUUGGGGCUUUUUGAGAGUCAGGAUAUUUACAGCUCUUCAAUGGUUGAAAAGGGCAAACUCAUCCUUCUGCCAUCUCACUUAUAUGAUACUGCCAACUACAAAAACUAUUGGCUAGGGAUUUGUAUGUUGCUUACAGUGCUGGAAGAACAAGCUUUGGAUUCCUUGUUACUGGGUCCAGACAAACAAAAUGACUUCAUGCAGUCUAUACUUCACACCAUGGAGAAAGAAGCUGCUGAUGAGUCUACUGACCCCUUCUGGCCAGCGCUGCAUUGUUUCAUGGUUAUUUUGGAUCAGCUCGGAUCUAAAGUAUGGGGUCAGCUUAUUGAUCCAGUCCAAGCCUUUCAAACCAUUAUCAACAGUGUGAGCUACAACAGUGAGAUAAAAAAUAUACGCAGUAGCUUUAAGAGGUCACUGAAAACUGAACCAGAGUCAGACUACAAUGAUGACAUGGUUACUUGCAGUCAGAUUGUGUAUAGUUAUAACACAGAAAAGCCUCAAAAGGAUACUGGAUGGAAGACUGCCAUUUGUCCAGACUACUGCCCCAACAUGUAUGAAGAUAUGCAAGCACUGGCUAACAUGCUUCAAUCUGCAAUUGGUAGAGAUACACGUAUCCAUCAAAGCACAUUUUUGUGGUUCAUCCCUUUUGUUCAGUCACUUAUGGAUUUAAAGGACUUGGGUGUAGCAUAUAUAGUAGAGGUCAUUCACUACCUCUGCUCGGAAACCAAAGGUAUUCUCAAUGAAAGUAUCCAGCAAUGUGAAAAAGUUUCUGAAUUUUUUCUUCUGAUCUUGGUCUCCAUUAUUGAACUACACAGAAAGAAGAAGUGCCUGCAUUUGUUAUGGAUUAGCUCCCAGGAAUGGGUGGAAGCAGUGGUGAAAUGUACUAAGCUUCCAGCUAUUGCAUUUACACAGUGCACUGAAAAACUACCUGGACAAUGUGUGAGAGGUUCAUCGACAGUAUCUUUACAAGCUUCUAACUCUGUGCAGCAUGCCUGUGUGCAAUUGAUACGCAGCCUUCUUAGAGAAGGCUAUCAAAUUGGGCAGCAUGCUCUUUGCAAGCAAUACCUAGACAAACUCAAUCUUCUUCUGCGAGGAAGUCUAUCUUUAGGUUGGCAGCUGAACAUCCAGGAAACUCAGGAAUUACAAGUGUGUUUAAGGCAAGUUAUAAGAGGUAUAAAGAACAGAGCAUUGGAUACCUCUGUGGCUGCAGGAAACGAUGCAAACUCUACAACUUCACCUGCCAUUUCUAUAAGGCAAGAGAAGAGUGCACAUGGUGGUGGAUGCGAGAUGAGUGUAUAUGGCAGAGAUGACCGUUCACUGUGUGCUGUCUCAUCAAAGGAAGGCAGAGAUUGCUCUAGCUUCUUUAAAAGUGAACCUGGUAUGCAGGAGAAUGAAGAUGAUGGGAUUAUGCUUUCAGGGUUCAGUGGCACCUUACUGAAAAAAGUAUCAACUGGACUAAAAUCAAGUUCACUGUUAAAAUCUGAGAUUAAGAAAGCACCUGAUGUGCAAGCGUCUGACUCGAAACAGCUUGAUUUAAAUGACUUGGCUAAAUAUAACUGUGAAGAUCAAAUUUCAAAGUCCUGUUUUACGGAUAAAAAUUCAGCAAAUGGUCGUGUGCCAUCUAGCUCUGAAAACAAGAACAAUAUAUCCAGCCCUGGUUCUCGGAUCAGGCCACUGUCAGUGAAGUGUGGAUCAAGUGACAGGUUGUUAGAAUUUUCAAAGUAUUUCAAGAGAGAAAGCAGUUCAGUGGGGAAGAAAGAGGAGGAUUUUAUGAAGACUGUUUCUGAAGAUAAUACUUUAACAGACUCCCAGGUUGAUAGAGAACUCAGUAAAUUAUCUUUAGCUGCUUAUGCCAAAGGUGUCAAUUUUCCCUUUGAUUCAAGCCAAGAGAGCUCACUAGAUGAUAAUGUGUGUGAUAUUAGAAGGAAAGUGAAAGGUGUGGUAAGAUCUUCCAGUGAUGAUCAGCGUACCACGUCUCCCUAUGGUUCAGAUUGCCUUAACAAUAAAGUCAUUAUAAUUUCAGACUCUUCUGAUGAAGAAAACUCUGUGGUUGACAAGAAAGAAACAAAAAAAAAUGAAAAUGAAAAUGAGCAGCCUUCAACUUCCAGCUGCGCUUCUGGUAGUGAUACCAAAACCGAAUCAAAGGUAUCAAGCUCUCUCUUGUCACUGGAAGACUGUGAGUCUCAGUGCUUUGAAUUUGAAACAGAACUUGAUGUCUUUUCGGUUUGGCAAGAUACUCAAGACUAUAGCAUGGAAGUAACUCAAGAGUAUAAACAAGGUCACGUUUCAACAUCGGUUGGGAGUAGUGAUUCAAGUGAAUCACUGGAUGAUCACACAAAUGAAUGGGGUUACGAUAUGGAUUACCUAAAUGAUGAUAGCAUGGAAGAAGAAGCAAACUUGACAGGAAAGACAGAAAAUCUUUCUCAUCAGACAGAAGCUGAUAAUACAAAAGUAGUAACUGAUUCAACGUGGCAAGAAUCUGUUGGUGAGGAAAAUGCAAAAGAUCAACUGGAGAAUUCUGCAGGCAAAGGCACUGUCAAAGACUUCACCCUGCACUCAAAAUUGACUGAACCAAGAGUAUCUACAUCUAAGAUCUCAUUAGCUUCAAAACUGGCCCUUAAGAAAAACAGUGCAAGCCCACAGAAGAGUAUAGCAAACUCUAAGGUAGCAAGAACUGUUCAGAGAAGCCCUAAAAAACCUGUCCUUAAACCAGCACAAACCAAAAAACUAUUUCAAAAUACAUCAAAAACUUCCCAACCUGGCAGUUCAAAGCCUGCUGUGGUUCCUCCAAGGAAAGUUCGGCAGUGUCCAGCACCAGCAUCAACUGUAGAAAAACUUGGUCUGAAGAAGGCGCCUCGCAGAGCAUUUGAGUUAUCCCAGCGCUCUUUAGAGAGUCUGGCUCAACUGCGCAGCUAUGGUAAAGCUGCAGGGAGAAUUGGGAUUGCACAGAAACAGAAGAUUAAACUAAUUGCUCCUCAGAGUUUGUCUAUAAAACAUAAUAAAAAAUUGCUGGCCUGCCAAGACCUUCAGUAUUUAAGGCAGACAAGGCCCAAAAGAAGGGUUGGAGUGGGAAAUCCUGCAGGAAGUUCUGGGGGUAGAAACAAAAAAGCUUGCAAACUGGAUACAAAGCUUACGAAACAAAAGCCUGGAAGGUUUGAAGUGGCAUCUGUUGAAAAGCAAGGAGAGAGUAAAAGGGUGUGUACUGGUUAUCCUGCUGCGGGUGAGAGAGAAUUUGGAAGCCUUUUUGUGGAGGAGGAGACUGGUGUCUCUAAACUGCCUGGUUUUUCAGACAUUAACAUAAAAUCAGAGGAUAAUGGUAUGAUGGUUCCUCCUGUACCUGUGUAUUCAAGUCCCUCUUCCUCUGCAUUGGUUGGAGAUGGUAAAAAUGAACCUUCCGGAAAUGAUUGCAUUGUCCAGCCUGAGUGUGAGAAGACAAAAGAAAAUGGCUGUAAAUCAAAUGAAAAUAGUGAUGGUGAUGAUGAUGAUCUGUUUUUAACUCAGUUAGAUCCAGUGGAUAUGGAAUUAUGUUCUGAGGAGGAAAGUGUUCAAGAUACCACUAGAGCUAGUAAAAACCCAAAGGAAGUGGAUACUGCUGAAAGCCUUCAGCAGAGUGAAUCCUCAACUAUAGUGAAAUGCACGUACAAAGACUGUAAUGAAAAAGUAGAAAACCCAGGAGAGUACUGUAGUAAGCAUUCAGCUACCAGCUCAGAAGCAGAUCAUUUGUUUGCUAAACCUUCUCUCCUGCCAUCUAAACCAAGAAAGCCUUCCACUACCAAAAUUUUCAGCUCAGCAAGUUCUUCACGGAAUGCAGCCUUCAGCAAGGAUCUCGAAGAUGUUAAAAAGCUACCACCAGCUUCAAAAAGCAAAGUGAAUGCAGCAAAACCAGUGGUGGUCAGGCCUCCAAAUGCAAAGCCUAUACCGAUAAGAAACCAGACGUGCAAGUCUCCAAGUUUCAUUAAUGUACCUCAAGCCAAUAUUCCUAAUAAUGUUCUUCAGUCACAAAAUAGACAGAAUGACAAUGCUUCAAACAUUUCCAGGAGGCCUGUCCAAGAAGCAUGUUCUUCACCCUUUUAUGUUAAGCAGCAUGAUUACAGUAUUUUUAUUACUGAAGUCCUAAGGUGGACUUAUGAAAUGUUUGUAAAUUCCAGCCUCUUUGGACCUCCAAGUAAUCUGACAGAGUCUUUAGUAGCCGCUGUUCCUGUCCACUUUCAAGGAUAUAAUGACUAUUUCAAUACAUUUUUCCCCUUGAUGAUGCUAAAUGCCUUUGAAACACUGGCACAAGAGUGGAUAGAAAACCAGAGAGUAAGAGAGAAGAGUUACUACUUUAACUUACAGAGCUUCUCUGCUGACUUGAACACAGCAGAUUUUACAGCUCAUCUGCGAGAAAGUGAUUUGGCAAAGCAGCUUCAUCCAAAAGAAGAUGACUUAAUCUUUUUGGUGGUCCAAAAGAAAAAAGAUGCCUUUAGGGAAGACAGUGAGAUGGAGGACCAAAUAGUGAAUGAAGUUGGUCUCGUGACACGAUUUUCUCGUGCAUCUGGCCGUGCAACUAGACAAAAGGAGCAGCAUACCAUCUGUCAUCUUUCUGUGCGAACUCGAGGCAAUUUGUCAUUCUUCGUAAAUAAGCAAGUGAAGUGUAUGGUGGUUGGCUCCCUGGUGACCACACACCGAACAUUCAAAGGUCUGCUGCUACUGAGCAGGAGUCCCCUGGCUAAACCCAUCAUAAAUCCAAGUUACAAUGACUUCUGUCCCAGAGAUUUGCCUGUAGCUUCAGAAAGCACUGCAUGGAAUGUGAGUGAGUACAAUGAAGAUCAAAAGAGAGCCAUUGAGACAGCUUAUGCCAUGGUGAAGCAGCACCCGGGGCUUCCAAAGAUCUGCCUUAUCCAUGGACCACCUGGAACAGGGAAAUCAAAAACUAUUGUUGGACUUCUGUCUCGUGUUUUGAGAGAAAACACCAGGAAUGAGAAAACGCAAAAAACAAAUUCCAAGAUCAAGCCAAACCGUUUUCUUGUUUGUGCACCAUCAAAUGCUGCUGUUGAUGAACUCAUGAAAAAGAUCAUCAUUGCGUUUAAGGAAAAAUGCCAAAACAGACAGGAGCCUUUGGGAAAUUGUGGUGAUAUCAAAUUAGUGCGACUUGGUGCCGAAAAAGCAAUCAACAGUGAAGUCCGGGGAUUUAGCCUGGAUAAGCAAGUUGAACAUAGGAUGAAACGAAAGCCAGGUGACUGUGACCAGGAUAUUCAGAAGAAGAAAGCUGCUCUGGAUCAAAAGCUGGACAUGCUGUCUCGUCAGCGUGCCAUGCACAGAUGUGAGAAGAAGGAAGUGAGUCAAAUGUUAGAUGAUGAAAUUGGCAGACUUUCAAAGGAGAGACAACAGCUUGCUUCUCAACUAAAGGAGGCUCGGGGACACUCUCAGAAAGUACAGGCAGAUAUCAUCUUGGAGUCCGACAUCAUCUGCUGCACGCUGAGCACAAGUGGAGGAUGCCUGCUGGAGUCUGUGUUUUUUCGGCAAGGACUUGAUCCUUUCAGCUGUGUCAUUGUGGAUGAGGCAGGGCAGUCCUGUGAGGUUGAAACACUGAUUCCACUGAUCCAUCGCUGUAAUAAACUUGUCCUUGUUGGAGAUCCCAGACAGCUCCCUCCUACAGUAAAAUCAGUGAAAGCUCAGGAAUAUGGCUACGAUCAGUCCUUGAUGGCACGUCUGCACAGACACUUGGAGGAGCAAGUGCACAAGAAUAUUUUACGAAGCCUGCCAGUAGUGCAGCUGACUGUGCAAUACCGGAUGCACCCUGACAUCUGCCUCUUCCCAUCCAAUUAUGUUUAUGGCAGGACUCUAAAGACUGAUAGAGCAACAGAGGAGAGCAGAUGUUCUUCAGAGUGGCCAUUCCAGCCCUACCUUAUUUUUGAUGUAGGAGAUGGCCGUGAGGAGCGAAACAAUGACUCUUUUAGUAAUCCUCAGGAAGUGAAGCUGGUGAUGGAAUUAAUUAGAAUAAUAAAAGAAAAAAGGAAGGAUGCGGGUCUUCGACGCAUUGGAAUAAUUACACCUUACAGUGCACAGAAAAAGAAAAUUCAAGAACAACUGGACAGAGUGUUUAGGAAUAGCAGCCCAGAAGUGGACACAGUAGAUGCAUUCCAGGGACGAGAGAAAGAUUGCAUCAUAGUGACAUGUGUCCGGGCAAACAGCACGAAAGGGUCAAUUGGGUUUCUGGCAAGUCUCCAGCGUCUGAACGUUACCAUUACCCGAGCCAGAUUCAGCCUCUUUAUCCUUGGAAGACUGAAAACUCUCAUGGAAAACAAAGACUGGAAUGAGUUGAUUCAGGAUGCUCAGAGAAGAGGUGCCAUUAUCAAGACAUCAGAAAAAAGCUACAGGAAAGAUGCUGGUAAGAUCUUGAAGCUCAAGCCACCAGUACAGCCCCCAGCCAGUGCAGGAGCAAAGCAACCUUCUCCAAUGCAGUCGUCUUCCAGUGGCAAGAAGCCACUUGCAAAUCCAAAGGAGGCCAGCAGCCCUCAGGAGCUCACUGCUGGCACUGGUUGUGCAGUGCCACAGGGAAGUGGAGGGCCCCAGCAGCCACAGUGUGCUCAGACUGUGGACUCCAGGAGAGUCAGUGCCCCUGCACGAAUGGUGGCAGCAGUGCUUCCUGCUGAUCAGGAGAAACCACGGGACCCGAGGCUGGCAAGUAUGGCUAGUAGAACUGAAGCCAAAGGGAAGGAGCAGGCCUCAAAAGACAGCAGUCAGCCAGACCAGAGCAAUCCAGGAUCAACAUCACAGCAAGGCUUCGAUGCGUCCUCAGCUGCCAGGGAUCAGACUUCCAGGACAGAAGCUUUCAAGAAGCCCCAACAAACAUCGGGACAGUGUGAUUUGCCUUCCACGGCUCGGCAUGAGGGUGACCAGAGAGGUCCUCCAUUGAAAAGUGGUUCAAAAUCCCACAGUGAAGGAGGUGAAAGUUGCAUCAAUAAACAGAACAAAGACUAUUGUGCAUUAACAAGAACAUCAGAAGAGUCACCUGUGAACACAGAAUCAAACAGUGCCAAGCGAAGAAAGACAUUUCACUGACUUGAGUAUUGGCUCAUUACUGAAAAUCUAUUCCCAGGUUUCUCUCUAGCAAGGGCUGUAUUUUAAAUUAUUUAGUACACUUGGAACUCCCUUGUAUUGAUACCACUGCUAUCAGUAGGUUCAUCUCUUUCCCAUACCUUCUCUAAUUGUGAAGGGGACUUUAUACCUGACAGCUGAUAGAUUUGAGCUUUUGUAAAGAAAAGCUGGAUAGCUGCAUUGCUUGGAAGAGCAGUCGUCUAGGAAGUUAAGGUUGUAAAUGUUUAAUGAUGUAUAUUUGUACAGUCUACAAAAUUAUUUUAAGAUUUAAUUUGGCAAAUAUGUAGCUUCUUGUUUCCUUGUGCAAAUGCUAAUUUCUUAGGUAUUUUUUUAUGAAGAACCAGAGCAAAGCAGAAGAAAAGAAAGAAAAAACAAAAA